AUGUGUGAGCGGGCGGCGCGCCUCUGCAGGGCCGGCGCGCACAGACUGCUCCGGGAGCCGCCGCCGCAGGGCCGGGCGCUGGGGGGGCUGCUCCGUUGGGUGGGAGCCAGGAUGGGCGAACCCCGGGAGCCGCUGGCCGACGGGCCGGGGGCCAGGACUGUCCAAGGGCUCUGUCCCACCCCGCCUCCGCCCCCGUCCCCACCUAGGAGGGGCACCUCGGUCAUCCUGGACAUUUUCCGCCGGGCUGACAAGAAUGAUGACGGGAAGUUGUCCUUGGAAGAAUUCCAGUUGUUUUUUUCAGAUGGUGUCCUUAAUGAAGAAGAACUUGAGAAGCUUUUUCACACGAUCGACUCUGACAACACCAACCAUGUGGACACCAAAGAGCUGUGUGAUUAUUUUGUGGACCACAUGGGAGACUAUGAGGAUGUCCUAGCCUCCCUGGAGACCCUGAAUCACUCCGUCCUGCAGGCCAUGGGCUACACCAAGAAGGUCUAUGAGGGGGGAUCCAAUGUGGACCAGUUUGUAACCCGCUUCCUUCUCAAGGAGACAGCCAAUCAGAUCCAGUCCCUGCUGAGCUCUGUGGAGAGUGCUGUAGAGGCCAUUGAGGAGCAGACCAGCCAGAUACGGCAGAACCCCAGCAAGCCCAGCCAAGGUGUGGCGGAUCCAUGGUACAGCAACCCGGCUCCCCGCUACACUCCCAAUCACAAACUCUCAUCUGCAGAGCCAGGGAAGAGCUUUCCGUCUGGUUCCCUAGACACCAAGGAGGAGGGGCUGGAAGCACAGAUCAGCCGCUUAGCUGAGCUGAUAGAGAGGCUGGAGAAUAAGACCCUGUGGUUUGAUCUGCAUCAGCGUCUCUCAGAUGGAAACAGCACGGCUUGCACUUAUCUACUGUUGGUGAGACAAGAGAUGGUGGUGUCGAGGGAGCACCUUGGGGAAUUCCUGAGUUCCCUGAGGCAGUACCUGAGGAGCACAGCUGAGGACAGCCAUUGCUUUCACAUCACUGCCGUGAGGCUCUCAGAUGGUUUCACCUUUGUUGUCUAUGAGUUCUGGGAGACUGACGAGGAGUGGAAGAGGCACCUGCAAAGCCCGAUCUGCAAAGCCUUCCGGCAUGUGAAGGUGGAUACACUGACCCAGCCCGAAGCUGUCUCCAGCAUCCCAGUGCCAGCUGCUUGGUGCACACUGAAUCAAGACUGAUGCCGCCCUCCUAACGACUCAGAAUGUCAGGCCAGAGACUUGGCCACUCAUUAUAAAGAACUGUGUGUCUUUUCUAAGAACCUUGUUAUAAAUGCUGUCUUUUCAAUACACUUCUAAACAGGAAUGUAUUCUCUUGUUGUUUGAAGUGAAGGAAAAAAAAUCCCUCCCUGUACCCAGUACCCAUCAUUAUACUGUACCCUGGGGCUCCCCUCUCCCUGUUACUGUCAGAGUAUUUGAGGCUGUUUCCUUUAAGGCCAGCUAAAGUUUGGGGCCUUGAAGGAGGCAGAACCAACCAAGAUCUUUGUAGAUCAAGAAGCACAAUCCUCCCCCUGACAGUACACCUCUCAGCAGCAGCCGCCCCUCUGAGCACCCACCAUUGGCCCAGUUACAAAGCAGCUACAUCCCAAUCAGCCCCAUGAGGUCCCCUUACUUCCCAGCUUCCUACAGCCACAACCCAUCCUUCUCUCUUUCUCUUCUGCUUUCUACCCAGGCUUCCACCACCCCUCAAUGCCCAUGAUUCAUUCCCUUAACUUUAAAAACCAUGCAUGAUCACUCAGCCUUUGUGUACUUUCUCAGGCUGCCCUCCCAGCCUCGGCUCCCUAACAGAUCCAUUUAUAUAUUUAUUUAUUGGUGUGCUAUUUUCCCCUUUGGUAUCUGAGACUACAGUAGGGUCACGGGCCCUUUAGGCUGCUAACUAGCUAUCCUCUGCCCUUACGGUAGUGCUGGUGGAUAUGAUUAUUCUUCUCCCCUUAGGAGCCUCAAGCCUCUAGAUUUAAACUGUAGAACUUU